AUUCCCUUUAGUCACACCAAGAUCAACUUUUCAGUUGAGAGGUUUAUCCUUGAUUACUAAGAGCACCAAGCCAACCCAUAUGAGCAAAAACACCAAGUAGUGUUUUCACUCACACUGUUUAACAAAUUCUUGCUCCAAUGGAGAGCAUAUUUUUUCAGUCUCUCUCCCUUGCAAAGAUUCCAAAGUCUCAAACUUCACCUCUGCUGAAUUCACCACUCUUGUUUCACUCCAAUGCAACCUCAGUUGCUUUCAGUUCGGUACCCUAUCAUCACCACCAUUUGCUCAAGUGCUUUCUGUUUAGAUCCAAAGCAAACGAAAAGCAGAACCUGGUGGGAGUUUUACGUGCCUCUGAGGCUGCAACAACCCCAACAACCAAUGAUGCAGAAAGAUGGCUUCUUGAACCAGUUGGAGAUGGUGAUACAAGGCAUAUAGGCUUCAAGGUUGAGAUGCCUGGUCCAUAUGAAAUUGCUUCUAGUGAGGUGACUGUUGGACGCGUACCUGAUAAAGCUGAUCUAGUAAUUCCAGUUGCAACAGUGUCUGGUGUGCAUGCACGCAUUCAGAAGAAACAAGGGAAUCUUCUUGUCACAGAUUUGGAUAGCACUAAUGGGACAUUCAUCAAUGACAAGCGGCUAAGACCUGGCGUUGUUGCCACCAUAUCACCUGGGAGUUGUAUUACAUUUGGAGACACCCAUUUAGCUAUGUUCCGGGUAUCAAAGGUCGAAGACGUGAAGCCUGCUGACACAGUUGGAGAAACUGAAAUUGAACUAGACACCGACAACAAAAGUGAUGAUACCGAAACAAGUUGAACAUCUAGCUGUAGUGUGCAUGUUAUGCUUUGUAUAGUUAAAAUAAACAAAUGAAAAUUUUGGCUUUGAUUAAGUAAAACAAUUAAUGUAUAAUUUAACCUUUGAUUUGCGGUGCAAUGUUGAGGUAAGCAUGCUUGAUAUUCUAUCUGUUAA